GACUGCGAAUGAGGUUCAACAUCUGUGCGGUAUGGAGCUCGAAGCAAAUACCGCAGCAGAAGGGAUUAGGGAAAGAGGUUCGGGAAGAGCGGUUAUGGAGACAAUGGAUUACCGUGAGGAGACGCGGAAGCUUCAAAACAGCGACAACCCGCGUCUUAGGUAAGCAGGGUUUGGAUGAUUAAGUGGGGCACUUUCACUGCAGUUCUGUUCGGCAUUUGUAUGUACAAUAUCAGAUCGACCAAUAUUGCAUGUAAACCCCCAAAUGGACAUUACAGCCGGUUCAAAAUGUCUAAGCCGCCCUCGGAAGCAGAUAUCAUCUUCAAUAAAGUGAACGUCGCCCUUGCAAAACAGCAGCGAUUGGUCUCAUCAUGGCUGCCUGCCCCAACACCGGCAGAGCUAGCAAAACGGAAAACAGAGGAGGAAUUGGAGAAAGAGGACCACGAACUGUUUAAGUCUACGCCUGAAUUACUCGGCGUCGGCGCAAAGAUCCCAGACGACGAUGGCAAAGGAUGGUCCAGCAGGACUUCCACCGAUCUCUUACGGAGAAAGCUUCUAGGCAAAUCUGCCAAAGCCCCAUCCUCCUCACUCCAAGCAACCAAGUCGCAACACAAAGGUCUACCGCUGAAGCACACGGCGACCCAGGAUGAGAGCGACACGGACGAAGGCCGGACAGCGCAUUUCUCGUCGAAGCGGACCCGGAAAGGAACAGGACAUGGCCAUGGUUCUACAGAGGCCGCAGACUCGGUCGCAUCGGCAAAGAAGGAGGGGUCGGACGCAGAUGAUACCGCGGCGGAUGGCGAAACGGCGCCAGUCCCAACGGUCAAUCGACCCAAACGAAAGGCGAACACCUUCCUCGACGAUAUGCUCGAGGAGAAAGCUAAGAAGCGGAAAAAGAAUAAAAAGAAUAAAGGGAACGCAGCAGCGGAGGGUUCAUGACCUAUUAGAACUACUAGUCAUGAAUACGGAGCGUGCAUGCCGUUGUUGGUGAUACAGAG